AUGUCACAAAGAAUAACAUUACCGAAAUUAAUCUUUGGAACUAGUGCACUAGGAAAUCUAUAUGUGGCCCUUGAAGAUAAAAUCAAACUUGAAAUUGUUACAGCAUGCAUGCAAUAUACUUCAGCACAAAAAACGGUCGUUUUUGACUGUGCUGGAAAAUAUGGAGCUGGAUUAGCUUUAGAAACAUUGGGCAAUUGUUUAAAAACGCUAAAUGUAAAGCCAGAGGAUGUGCUGAUUAGUAAUAAACUUGGCUGGUAUAGAACUAGUGAACUUCAAAAUGGCAUAGAUCCUACAUUUGAACCUGGAGUGUGGCGUAAUUUGAAAUAUGAUGCAGUACAGAAGAUCAGCUACGGAGGUAUACUUGAAUGUUACGAGCAAGGCAAUCAGUUAUUGAAUGGUUACAAGGCUGAACUUGUAUCGGUACAUGAUCCAGAUGAGUAUAUUGCUGGUGCUCACAGUCAGCUAGAAAAGGAUAAACGGUACAAUGACAUUAUUGAAGCUUACCGUGCACUUUGCGAAUUGAAGAAUCGAGAUGAAGUCAAAGCCAUUGGUAUAGGGUCGAAAGAUUGGAGAAUGAUAAAACGUAUUGUAAACGAUGUUAAUAUAGAUUGGGUAAUGAUUGCUAAUAGUAUGACUGUACACAAUCAUCCCCAAGAACUAGUUACUUUUAUGGAAGAACUGCAACGGCGUGGAACAAUCAUUAUCAACGCAGCAGUAUUUAAUGGUGGCUUUUUAAUUGGCGAAGAUUAUUAUAAUUAUAGACUGAUGGAUCCUCUGAACGACCAAAAACUGUUCGAGUGGCGUAUAGGUUUUUUUAAACUAUGCAAUAAAUACAGAAUUAAACCGGCUCAAGUAUGCAUCGUAUUUGGACUAAAUGCACCGGGAGUUAAUAGUAUUGCCUUAAAUGGUACAGAUGUGAACUGUGUUAAAGAGAAUAUAGAAAUGGCAACGGUAUUAAAUGCGGUUAUACCGUCAAGUUUUUGGAAAGAGAUGAAAGAACAUGGAUUGAUUGACAAGAACUACACUUAUUUGUAA